AUGUCGACGGUCACGGAACGACCAGAGAUACCCCUUCGUGCUUCUACUGACACCCACCCUGGGGGUCUUCAGCAAACUCCUCAUUUGGCUGACAAUCCUCCGACACCGCCUCCUAAGGAUGUAGCAUCCACCCCCCCUAUUCAACCGAGUCUUCGCAGUUGCAUUACUUGCCGCCGCAGAAAAGUGAGAUGCAACAAGAUCCAUCCGUGCUCAAAUUGCACAAAGGCCAACACCGAGUGUGUAUUUCCCGGCCCGGGGAGAGCUCCAAGAAAACCCAGAAACCGGACAGACAGCGAAUUAUUAACUCGACUGAGAAGAGUGGAAGGCGUCUUGAAGAGUUUGGGUGCGGAAGUAAAUGACGAUAGCCAGCUCAAUUUGCAUCCUGAUUUACCUUCCCAGCGGGAUGAAACCAAAACCUCAAAGCCAUUCACUCAUCAUGUGGAUACCGAUUUCGUGAAGCAUCCAGAUCCAAGAGACCUUGCUCAACGUGAGGUCGAGCAGGAGUUUGGUAAGCUUGUCAUCGGAGAUGGGAGAAGUCGAUACCUUAGCAAUCGCUUCUGGUCAAGUCUAGGCGAUGAGGUCGAAGAAUUGAGAGAUAUACUCGGUGCGACUUCUGAUGAGGAAGAGAAUUAUUCUUCUCCCGAAAGCCAUGGGCUGCAGUCAACGUACUCCCGAAACCACGAUGGAUUCCUAUUCGGUUUUUGCUCACUAGACCAAACCCUACGAGAUAUCCAUCCUCGCCCUGAUCAAAGGCUUCUUUUGUGGGAUGUUUAUCUGGAGAAUGUGGCACCAUUGGUUCCGAUAUUUCAUAAACCCACGCUUCGAAAAUUCUAUUUCCUGGCUCACGAUAGCUUGGAUUCAUUGAACAAAAAUGCCGAAGCAGCAAUGUUUGCCGUAUAUUAUGCGGCAAUCACAAGCAUGGAUUCUUCGCAAUGCGUAUCGAUUUUGGGAGAAGAGCGUCAUAUAAUGCUCUCACGAUCCCGACUUGCAAUGGAGCAGGCAAUGGCGCGCGCAAACCUCCUAAAUUGUCAAAGUGUAGUUCUUCUCCAAGCUACUCUCCUCUUCUUGUUGUGCGUGAGGCGGCAAGAUGAUUCGCGCUAUGUAUUGUCAAUGGUAGCCAUUGUAGUCAGAUUGGCUCAAGGACUUGGGGUACAUCGCGACGGGUCAACAUUUGGAUUGCAGCCAUUCGAAACAGAAAUGCGGCGCCGGCUCUGGUGGCAUAUUUGUUUGCUUGACUAUCAGGUGGCGGAAGACCACGGUUGUGAUCCCUUCAUCUACGAACCAUUCUACGAUACACGAAUUCCGCUGAAUAUUAACGACGAUGAUAUUUGCCAAGAAUCAACAGAACCCCCUGAGGAGCGGGUGGAAUGUACAGAAUUAACUUUCCAUCUCAUUCGCUGUGAAAUCAUUGCAAGUGCCCGGAGACUUAGUUUCAUCCCUCCUAGCUUGGAUUGUUCCAGAUCCAGGACUGAUAUGUCGCUAGAAGACAGGCAAAAACAAAUUCUGGAACUGAGUAAACGAAUGGAAGAAAGAUAUGUACAGCAUUGCACCAUGACUACGCCGAUACUUUGGGUGUGUGCAACGGUAGUCCGUCUUGCUCUUACCAGAUUGUGGCUCACAAUCCACGAGCCGCUAAGUGGGAUAGAGAACAGGAGAUUUGGGUUUGCUGACGAGAAGCAUAAUCGCCUCUUCUUGGCCUCUAUUGACGUCGUCGAAUUCUCUUGUUUACUGCAGACUAACGAGAACACGAAGAAAUGGAGCUGGUUAUUCAGAACUCAUACGCAAUGGAGCUCUGUCGCAUUUUUAUUGUCUGAACUUUGUGUACGACCCAUCUCUCCGGCUGUUGACCGCGCCUGGCAUGCGAUAAACUCAGUGUACGAAAUUUGGAACCUCCAAGAGAGAAAAGGGGUGAUUUGGAGGGCUAUUAACAAACUUAUGAAGCGGGCGACACAAAUCCGUGAAACCAAAUUACAGCAACUUCAAACUCAGUUUCAAGAUAGAGAUGGAGGGGCAUAUGAUGGCAAACCUCUUGGCUCGAUUGAUGAUCAUUUGCAACCUCGAUCCGAACGCAGUUCGGAACAUAUAUCACCUGCAUUACAGGUGCAAGGAAAAAUCAAUAAUAACGUUUAUGGAUUAUCUUCGGGAAUAAAUACGGAUCUAGAUAAAGUGGCCUACAGCCCGUUCGAUAUCCAAACCUCGGUUACUCCCAUGCAGCAAAAUGCACAACUACCGCUUAUGUCUGUCCCGUUUUGGGAGCCAGGAGAUGUUUUCUCUCAUUAUUCUGCUGCUGCUGGAAUGUCACCGUUUCUUCAGCAACCCCCACAAAGACAAGAGCCGAUCCUUGGCUCUGAUGCCCAUUCUUUAAUGUACGAACCAUCGUGGGAUGAUUGGGACCAAGUUGUACGUGAGUUCCGAAUGGAUAUGGCUGAAGGUACCGGGAUGGGUACUAUCCGUGCUCGGGAUUGGCUUGAAUAAACGCGUCAGAAAUUCUACAGUCCAACACUACGUGCAUGUGCACCAAGGUUUACUUACUUUCUAACUCCCUUACUGCUCACAGCGUCGACACCUGUUUCGAGCUUUAAGAUCAAGUGUGGAAGGUGCUAUGAGUUCCUACUGCUCUGCGUUGUUAUCCUGGGUUGUCGUCUUUCAUUCUCGUUCUUUGUGCAGAUUGGAUUUAGGAUACCUGUGACACUGUUGUAACGGUUGGCUCAUUUCAGACUUCACAUCAACGUUCAACUUGCUUCGAUUGCUAGGAAAAACAAUCUUGAUGAAAAUCAUUCCCGGUUGCAGUCACAUAACAAAGCUCACUAUACUCGUAAACUAUCACUAAAUAAAUUAUCACCAUACAGAGAAAGGGUUCGGCUC